AUGGGCAACAAGUUAUCCCCACUUUUGGCAGACCUUUUUAUGAGUGACUUUGAGGUGGCACUAUCGACCGAGAAAUACUUCCCUCGAGUGUGGAAACGCUAUGUGGACGAUAUUUUUGCAGUCGUGAAAGAACGCUAUCUUAUACAAACACUCGAGUUGUUGAGCUCCCGUCACAGAACGAUAAAGUUUACGGUAGAGAAAGAAACCGAUGGGUCACUGCCAUUCUUGGAUCUGACGAUGAAGAGAAACGGAGAUAACACACUGAAAUUCUCAAUAUACCGAAAACCAACAGCCACAGACAGAUACAUAACAUCCGACUCUAACCAUUACGGCGCCCAGAAGCAAGCAGCAUUCCAUUCUAUGGCACACCGCCUAUACAACAUACCGAUGGACAGAAAAGAUUUUGAAACCGAGAGAAACAGGAUACAUAAAGCUGCUGAGUUGAAUGGGUAUGACAAAGACUUUGUAAACAAAAUUCUCCGAAAACAUCAACGGAAAAAACACAGGCUAAAUUGCACAACACUAAAACCGGAAAAAGAAGAACAGCAUAGAAUCAGUCUUCCAUUUUACCCAAAAAUAACCAAUCCCGUCCAAUCCGUACUACAGAAACAUGAUUUCUAUGCUGUUUACAAAAGUGAAAACACCUUGAAAGAUCUGUUGUGCAAUUCAAAAGACAAAGUACCCCCGGAUGAAAAAUCAGGUGUCUACCAAAUCCCCUGCAAAAACUGCUCCGCGGUUUACAUUGGCCAAACACGACGGAAAUUAAAAGUGCGACUGCGAGAGCAUAAGAAUGCAGUUGACAACGAUCGGGCUAAUGAAUCGAGCGUGGCAGCACACACCAUAUCUCAAAACCAUGCCAUCGACUGGGAAAAUGCAAAAUUAUUAAAAAAUGUACGAAAAACAUCGAACCUAAACGCAUGGGAAUCAAUGUACAUCACCACCGCCGACAAUCCAUUAAUGAAUGAGGAUGAUCCCCCAAUACUCUCUUCGCUCUUCCACCUGACGAAGCUGUAA